CAGGUCCGCAUUUGGUUUUAUUUUCCAGGGUGAAGUCUACCUCUGAUGGAUGCCUCCUACGCCGCCCAAAAGCCCAGGUCACGUUACCUCCGGCUGUGGAAGAAACGGAGUCGCUCCAGAAGCUGUACAAUCUCCUGGAAGCCAAGGAGUUUAAGACACGGAUGGAAGGAGUGGCACUCCUCCUAGACCUGUGCAAAAGCCGCCCCCAGCUCGUCUCCACUAACACUGUCCAAAUUUUUGAUUAUUUUGUCCCGAGACUUGGUGAUACGCACAAGAAAGUGAAGCAGAAGGCGCUGGACGUGCUGGCUGAAAUCGUAGGCAUCCUGAAAGAUGGCUUAAACCCGGUGAUCAUCUGUCUGGUUGAAGGAAUAACAAACAACCUAAACUCAAAGGACCCCGGGGUUUAUGCCGCAGCUGUGAAAGCGCUGGAAGAAUCCAUGGCUCACUUAGAUAAAGUAUCCCUGAUGAAAGAGUUCAGCCACCGCAGGAGUGAACUGAAGGGCCAAGCUCUGCUGGUUGUCACGGAGCAUCUCUCAGCGCUUGUGGCAUGGGUUUAUCCCAGGAGCCCCGAAGUCGUCCAGCGCUACGCCCUGCCCGUGCUCUGGUCCUUCCUGGGGAACAAGGCGCUGCCUGUCCGAAGCGCCAAUGUCCGCACUGUGGUCACCAAGCUUGCCUGCGCCCUCUACAAGGUGAUGGGCGCCAAGCUGAGGAAGCAUGCUGCCAGCCAGCCUCCGCAUGUGCGGGAAAACCUCUCCGACAUUUUGGGCUGGUGAAGGCUCGAUGACCUGCAGGAAGAUGACAAAGUGCUGAGUUGGACACCUCCGGACGUGACUUCUUAGCUGUGCCAAAAAGGACAGAAUGCAAAGGAAGGGUGUGCACCUGCCCCCGCUCUCUCCACCCCCCUUCCUAGUCGUGGCAUGG